GCAUCCAUGGAUAGAAAUAUGACCCAGGCCUCUGGAUCAAUGACUCAGAAUGGUAUCACUACGAAUACUACCAGCUCCCAGACGUCGGCGGCAAGUCAAAUGAGCAAUUACAAUAAUAUGACAACUUUCGUCCAAGGAGCCAACGGUCAGGGUUCAAGCAGCUCGAGCAGCUCUAGUUCAAGUUCAAGUAGUUCUAGCAGCAGCAGUAGCAGCAGUAGCAGUAGUAGUAGUUCCAGUUCCGGCAAUUUCGGUGGUAAUAAUCAAUGGAAUAAUCAAGGAUCAGGUGGGCAAUGGAGCAACCAGAACCAAGGAUCUAGUGGAAAUAAUCAAUGGAAUAAUCAAGGAUCAGGUAACAAUAAUCAAUGGAACAAUCAGAAUCAAGGAUCGAACAAUCACCAGUGGAAUAACAAUAAUCAAGGCCAAAGCAACAAUAAUCAAUGGAAUAACCAGAAUCAAGGACAGAAUAACCAGUGGAGUAAUCAGAACCAAGGGCAAAACAAUAACAACCAAUGGAAUAAUCAGAACCAAGGUUCCAACGGCCAAUGGCAAAAUCAAAAUCAAGGAUCUGGAGGAAGUAACCAAUGGAACAACCAGAACCAAGGUCAAAGUAGUAACAAUCAAUGGAGUAACAAUAAUCAAGGUCAGAACCAGCAAUCGAGCAACAAUAAUCAAGGUCAAAGUAGCAACAACCAAUGGAGUAACAAUAAUCAAGGUCAGAAUCAGCAAUCGAGCAACAAUAAUCAAGGUCAAAGUAGUAACAACCAAUGGAGUAACAAUAAUCAAGGUCAGAAUCAGCAAUCGAGCAACAAUAAUCAAGGUCAAAGUAGUAACAACCAAUGGAGUAACAAUAAUCAAGGUCAGAAUCAGCAAUCGAGCAACAAUAAUCAAGGUCAAAGUAGCAACAACCAAUGGAGUAACAAUAAUCAAGGUCAGAAUCAGCAAUCGAGCAACAAUAAUCAAGGUCAAAGUAGUAACAACCAAUGGAGUAGCAAUAAUCAAGGUCAGAAUCAGCAAUCGAGCAACAAUAAUCAAGGUCAAAGUAGUAACAACCAAUGGAGUAACAAUAAUCAAGGCCAAAAUAACCAAUUUAAUAAUCAAAACCAGGGUCAAAAUAAUAACAAUCAGUACAACAACCAAAAUCAAGGACAAAACAAUCAAUGGAGUAAUCAGAACCAAGGACAAGAUAAUAGCAACCAGUGGAACAAUCAAAACCAGGGUCAAAAUAACCAAUGGAACAAUCAGAACCAAGGUCAAAAUAAUAACAAUCAAUGGAAUAACAAUAAUCAAGGCCAAAAUAACCAAUGGAACAACCAAAAUCAAGGGCAAAAUAAUAACAACCAGUGGAACAACAAUAAUCAGGGUCAAAACAACCAAUGGAACAAUCAGAAUCAACAGUCAAAUAGUAAUACUCAAUGGAAUAAUCAAAGUCAAAGUGAAAGUCAUCAAACGAGUACGCAAACACAGAACUCUACCACUAGUAAUCAGUUUAAUAAUCAAAGUCAGGGACAAAACCAAGAAUCGAACAACCAGAAUCAAGGUCAGAACAGUAAUAAUCAAUGGAACAACCAGAAUCAAGGUCAAAACCAACAGUCGACCAAUCAGAACCAGGGAGCGAAUAAUAACAACCAAUCGAGCAAUGGAAACCAAGGACAAAAUCAGCAAACAAACAACCAAAAUCAGGGACAAAGUAAUAACAAUCAAUCGAACAAUAAUAGCCAGGGUCAAAAUCAAGGAUCAAAUAGUAAUAAUCAAAAUCAAAGUCAAAAUAACAAUAACAAUCAAAGCUCCAGUAGUAACUCGAAUAGCCAACAGAACAACAACAAUUCAAAUCAAAGCUCCAACAACCAAAAUAAUCAGUCGUCCUCUGGACCAAGCCAAUCCAAUGAAAAUAAUCAGCAAAACGCAAAUAAUAAUCAGCAGUCUUCGGGAAAUCAAAACACCAAUAACCAGAGCUCUACUACUCCUGCCACUGUUGUUUCACAAUCAACUUCCACCGAAGCUCCAAUAGAAUCUAGCACCACUACGACAACUUCGACCACUAUGGCACUGCCAGAAAUGCAAUCCACAACAUCCACAACUGCUCAACAGAUGACAACAACUACAUCUACUACUGUUGCUCCAACUUCUGCUCCUACUACUACUACUACUACUGCUACUACUACCACAGUCAUAGUAACAACCUCAGCAGAACCAUCAACACCUUCAUCUUCUGGCAUUCCGUCGUCUACUGAAAUGGUUUCCUCAACACAAUCCCCUAGUAGUGUGACAUCUUUCCAGAGUGUGCCAACUAGCUCUGAAACGCCUGUUACUACUCAAAGCACCACUACCACAGCUACACAAACCACAUCAACAUCUAGUAGCUCCGCCACUGAACCGUCCACAACACAAGUUACUACUCCAGAGGAAGCUGAGAAAACAACUACUCUUUCUUCCUCUACAACACAAACACCCACCACACAGGCUCAAAGCCAAACACAAUCAUCUUCCAUUAGUGAAUUUUCUACACCACCACACACCACACCAACACAUGUUCCGGAAGCAUCAACCACACAAACACCCCAGAACACAACAACAGAAUCAAGUGCGGAAACAUCGUCGAUUGGAAGUACCGAAACAACCACACCCACUCAAACAAAUACACCCGAGAAGCCAUCAACGGCUAUUGUAACUAAACCCUUAGAAACUGCUACUACACAAAUCACCGAGUCUGUCACACUCACACCUGAAACAACACAACAUAGUGAAAACAGUACACUAGAACCCACUACACAACACUCCACUACUCAAUCCACUAGCCCACAGGAACAGUCAAGCACUGAGCGAUCAACAACAGUGGCUGAGCCAAGCACUCUAGAGCCCAUCACCGAAAAAUCCACGGUGACAGAAGAACCCACCACACUCAUCGUACCUACACACGAAACAACCACCCAGGCACCUUCGACGGAGGUGCCCUCCACAACACCACCUACACCAGCUUCUACGGAGGCAAACACUACACACGAAAACACAUCCACACCAGAACCCACAGCAACACAAACAACUAGCACCGAACCUUCGGCGCCUGCUUCUAGUUCCACGGCAGAAGCCACCUCAGAGGUGCCAACUACACAACCGAUACACACUACACAGUCAUCUACGGUGGUGUCUUCCCAAGAAACAACUACACAACCUACACCACCAACCACACAAUCCACCACAAUGCUCACCACAAUCGUUAUGCAAAGUACUCAGUCCACAACCACUCUCUCUUCUUCAGCACAACCGUCAAGUACUACGCAGCGUCCGUCCUCUGUAUCAACCAGCUCCGGCUCUACCACGAGCCAACCGUCCUCGGCUGGAUCUGCCCCAGCAUGCACUGAAGACGGAUUCAUGGGAGAUCCGAACGAUUGCAAGAAGUUCUACCGUUGCGUUUCCAAUGGCAAUGGACAAUUUACGCGCUAUGAGUUCCGCUGCGGAGAUGGAACUGUAUGGGAUGACAAUGCUGGCAGUUGCAACCAUGAUUGGGCCGUGCAGGAUGGUCGAUGUGGCAAGCCGAAUGGGCAAGGAUCGGGACCUAAUGAAACUGGUACUGGACCAAAUGGAUCUGAAGGUAAUGGAAGUGGACCUAAUGGACCUAAUGGAACGAGUGAACCGACCGAGGGGCCAACCGCUUCAAAUGGAACUGAUGGACCAAACAGUGGACCAACAGGGCCUAACGAAUCUUCCAAUGGCCCUAACGGACCAGAUGGGCCUAAAGAACCUAACGGACCUGAACAACCAACUGGAUCAACCGGACCUGAUGGACCCAGUGGAACCACUGGAACUGAUGGAUCAAAUCAAACGAAUGGACCCGAAGAAUCCACACCUGCUGCGCAGCAGUCCACUACGGUUCCACCGUGCCAGCAACAAACAACCACUACCACCCAAACGCCCUCGGUACCCGCCGGAAGUAAUGGUGUAUGCGAGCAAGAAGGAUUUAUGGAACAUCCGUCGAAUUGUAAGAAGUUCUAUCGAUGUGUCGACAACGGCAACGGAGGGUACGAUCGAUACGAGUUCACUUGCGGUCCCGGUACCGUGUGGGACAAUGACAUUCUUGCCUGUAACCAUCCAACGUCUGUCCAAAACUCCAAAUGUGGAACUGGAGGUGAAACUGCAUCCUCUCAGUACCCGGGUAGUUCGUCCGGUCCCGGCAAUACUUAUCUGCCACCAGCACAAUCCUCCAGCACGGAAUCGAUGCCAAGUACUACGGAGCAAACAAUGAGUAGUCUGGAACCAGAAUCGCUUACCACCGGUGCUACCGAUGCGACUAGUCAGGAAACAACCAGCGGUGCAAGUAGUACAACGACACCAGCCGAAUCUGGACCAUCCACCACCGAAGCAGCCAAGGAAGAAAAUUCGUCCGCUGCUCAAGAACAAACGACUGAAUCGCAGAGUCAAACCACAGAAUCUUCCAAGGGAGAAACGACUGCUAAUCCACAAGAGCAGACAACCGGAUCGCAAAGCCAGCCAUCCACUACUGAAGCGGGAGAUUCAUCCACUACUCCUGAAGGGGCUACCGAAACAUCGACAAUGCCAUCAUCGGAAGGUUGCGAUUCGGAAGGAUUUAAGCCUCAUCCGACCAACUGUAAGAUGUUCUACCGCUGUGUCGACAAUGGCAAGGGUGGCUACACGAAGUACGAGUUCACUUGCUCGGAGGGCACUGGAUGGGACGAAAGCAAACAGGCGUGUAAUUAUGAGUACGAAAUUCCCAACUGUGGUGCAGACCGCCCACCAGAGCCAGAACCCGAGCCAAGCGGAACGGAUAUGACGACCGGAACUAGCGAUGGUACCACUACCGCUGCAACGGACGCAACAACUACACAAGCUCAGACCGAUGGUACUACUGCUGGGCAAGAGACUACAACUGCCAGACAAGAUAUGACGACAGCUUCAACGCAGGAAACAACCACAGCUCCGGUUGAACAACAAACAACUACAACAGAGGCCAGCCAAGAAUCGACAACAGCAACCGGCGACUCAACUACAGCUUCUUCAUCGGCGCAGGAAACGACUACCACCGCCGGCACUGGACAAGAAAUGACAACCUCCAACGAAAUGGCGUCCGAAAUGACAACCGCACAGGGUCAGGAAAUGACCACCGCUGGUAGUGAAAUGACUACUGAAAGUUCGCAGCAAACUACUACAAUGGGGGGUUCGUCUUCCUCGGGCGAGUGUACUGAGGAAGGUUUUAUGGGCAAUCCGGACGAUUGCCGGAAGUUCUACCGGUGUGUAGACAACGGCAAGGGUGGAUACAAUAAGUAUGAUUUCACUUGCGGCGAAGGUACCGCAUGGGAUCAGGCACUGCAAACAUGUAAUCAUGAGAAUGUUGUUGAAAUGUGCGGCGGACAGACAGGUAACACUAGCAAUAACACUAAUCAAACACAAUCAUCAUCCACCACCACUACUACUACUACUACUACUACCACACAAGCUCCUUCCACAACUACCACCAGACAAUCUUCUACCACAAGCACUACUUCUACCACUACUACUACUACUACUACUAGUACCACACAAGCUCCUUCCACAACCGCUUCUUCAACUACCACUAGCACCACUCAAACACCCUCUACCACCACCAAAACACAAAGCACUACCUCCGCCACCACCACUUCCUCCGCACCUUCAUCAACAACUGCAUCAUCAUCAUCCUCAUCAUCAUCAUCAUCUUCUACCACAACCACCCAAAGCAUGCAAUCCUCGUCCGAAUCCACCACCGAACGCAUGAAAGCUUCUUCAUCCUCCACAACGCCCGUAAACUGUACGGAGGCUGGAUACUUUCCGAAUCCGGACGACUGUACCAAGUUCUACCGCUGCGUUGAUUGGGACGGCAUGGGUGAAAACUUUUCCGUCUUUCACUUCGACUGCCCCGAGGGUACCAUUUGGGAUCCCGCUGUAAAUACCUGCAAUCACGAGGACAGUGUCCAGCCACCCCGCAAUUGUUCCAAAGCCGCACCGGCAGAAACGACCGAAUCGAACGCUGAAUCCACUACCUCUGUUACAGAAGAACCAGGUUCUACGACCGAAGCCGCCCCAAUGACGACGGCCCAGCAAACGGAUGCGACGGCUGCGGCCGGUACGCAGCAGGAGACGACUACCGAUUCCAUGAGUUCCGAAACGACUGCUGCCGGAAAGGAAGAAACCACAACACAGGCGCAAAUGAUGACGACCACGGAGGGAGCGGCUCAAGAAACGACGACAGCGGCCGCACAAGAAACGACCGAGGCUACCACGACGACUGAAGCAUCUCAGGAAACUACCACGGCGGCCGCUAACGAGACAACUACAAUGGCUGCUCAGGAAUCCACCACGAUGGCUGCUCAGGAGACGACGACAAUGGCCGCACAGGAGACGACUACGAUGGCCGCUCAAGAGACAACUACGAUGGCUGCGCAAGAAACGACGACUAUGGCUGCGCAAGAAACGACGACUAUGGCUGCGCAAGAAACGACGACUAUGGCUGCGCAAGAAUCUACCACUUCCGGUAGCCAACAGGAAACAACGACAGCCUCCGGUGGAGAACAAGAGAUGACAACCAUGGGUCAAUCGGAGAUGACCACCGAAGCGGCCGGACAGGAGCAAACAACCGAGGGUAUGGAGUCCUCCACGGAACCCGCAUCCCAGGAAUGUCCGGCAGGUUGCAUGAGCUCGUGCCCGCCCGUCGAUGAAGAUCAGGAACGGUUUGUGUGCCCGACCGGGUUCAAACGGCACCCGAAGAACUGCAACCUGUUCUACCAGUGUACGGAGAAACCAAACAGCUACGACUACAGCAUUGUCGUGUUUAGCUGUCCAAACGAUACCGUCUAUCAGGAGGACCGAACACAGUGCACAGAACCUGCGGAGGGUGACGACCGUUGCAAGGCGUCCAAUCUGCGAUCACAGCUUCGAAACACGCGUCAGCUGCCGGUGAUGCAGCUCGGUUCGAUGGAACCGCUCUGUCCUACAGAUGGCCAUUUCGCGAUCGAUGAUCAAAAGUGCAGCUCCACGUUCCUGCGCUGUACCCAAGGACGGUCUGGCCUUCAGCCGAACAUGUACCGCUGUCCGAAGGGUUACGUUUACUGGCGAGUAAGCCGUCGCUGUGAACGUGUCCAGAAGAUUCCCGAGUGCCAGACGACACCGAUGCAGGAACGCUCGGAGCUUCCGGUCGAAUGGAUCAACAUCGGCAAUCGGCGCCGAAGCUUGUUCUAG